AUGAAGACUUUGGCAGUCUUUUCUGCCGUCCUUUCCCUGCUGGCAUUUGCAUCCGCAAGCCCAGACACGAAGGGCUCCGAGAGGAGGACCUCCCGCGUCAACCUGCCAUCCACAUUCACACCCCCUCAAGCCUUCAAGAAUGCCAAUUUGGUUCACGUCAUUUCGGUUGAGAAGAACUAUGUCAAGGAGAACAUCAAUGUCCUGAUUGAGAAUAUCGACAAGAAAGCCCAGGAUGAAUACUUCUUGCCAUUCACUGGGGACCAGAUGUCUCGGUUGGGGGGCAUUGAGGCCAAGGACCGGAAAGAUGCCAGUGUUGGCCCCUUCGCAGUGGAAGCUGUGGAAUUUGAUCCAACGAGUGACAUUCAAUACUACCGGAUCCGACUUCCAAAACCUCUCAAGCCCGGUAGCCAACAAACCCUUGGCAUUACCUACUACUUCUUGAAGGCAUACUCUCCGCUCCCGGCGUCCAUAAACCAAGACGAAUCCCAGUUCCUCGCCUACUCCUUCUCAGUCUACGCCCCCUCUGCGUACACGACCACGAAGCAGAAGACCGAAGUCAAGUUCCCCUCCGCGAACAUACCCGAUUACACCAAGCUUCCCGGCAGCGGAGAUGUCAGCGAGUUUCCCAAGAAGCAGGGCACGAAGCUCACGUACGGUCCGUUCGACGAGAAGCCUGCCGGUGCCUCUGAGCCUGUCACCGUCCGAUUCGAGUUCACCAAGCCCGUCAACCACAUAUCCCAUUUGGAGCGAGACAUCGAGGUUAGCCACUGGGGCGGAAAUGUUGCCUUCGAAGAGCGAUACACCCUGCACCAUUUGGGCGCCAAUCUGUCAAGCCCCUUCAGUCGCGUCAAGUGGGCGCAGCAGCAGUAUUACAACCCCAACUCGUACGCGCUGAAGGAGAUGCGCUUCCCUCUCCGCGUUGGCAGUGCGGACCCGUACUUUACCGAUGUCAUUGGUAACGUCUCAACUUCGCGAUUCCGAAGCAACAAGCGCGAGGCCCUCCUCGAGAUCAAGCCGAGAUACCCCAUUUUUGGUGGAUGGAAGUACCCCUUCACCGUCGGCUGGAACUCGGAUGCGCAGAACUUCCUCCGCUCACUGUCGGGCGGCAGCCACAUUCUCAACGUCCCAUUCCUGGAAGGGCCGAAGCAGGUCGAGGGAACCGAGUAUGAGCAGGUCCACGUCCGGGUCAUCCUGCCAGAGGGCGCUGAGAAUGUCAAGUUCUACACCACCAUUCCGGAGUCAUCUAUCACCGAGGCCAAUGUGGAGAUUCACAAGACCUUCUUGGACACUAUUGGCCGGCCAGCGCUGACCAUCAAGGCUCAAAACCUCGUGGAUGACUUCAGAGACCGGGAGCUGAUUGUGUCUUACGACUACUCUUUCGCCGCCAGCAUCCGCAAACCCCUGAUCGUAUUCGCCAGCAUGAUCUUGGUGUUCGUCAGUGCAUGGGUUAUUGGAGGCGUGGAGGUGAAGUUCUCAUCUAAGAAAUAG